AUGAUUAUCAAAGAAAGAAAGAAAGAAAGAAAGAAAGAAAGAAAGAAAGAAAGAAAAAAACACACAAAAAGAAUAAAAUAAAGAAAAAUAAAUCAAAUAAAAAGCUAAUAAUAUAUUAAAAGAGUUAUAUUUUUUUAAAUUCGUUUUUAUAUUUAAAAAUAUCACAAUUCAAAACAAAUAAACUGUUUUUACCUAAGAUCAAGUAUUAAAUUUGAGAGAUUUGUGCAAUUUGCUAAAGGAUAAACUAAGCCUUAUACACCUUCAUCACCAAUUUAAUUGUCACUUUUUAAAUAUUAAAGAAAAAUAUUUAAUUAAUAUUAAGGAAUGAAUGAAUUAAUUAAUUAAUAAUCAGAGUAAAAGCUGAAAAAUAAAAAGAAAAAAGAAAUAAAAAAAAAACAGGCAGAAUUACAUAAAAAAUAAAUCAAACAAAAAGCUAAUACAGCCCAAAAUAAAUAAAUAAACUGUUUUUUACUCAAGAGUUAUUGUUAAAUUUAAGAGAUUAGUGCAAUUAGCUAGAGCAGAACCUAAUUCUGA